GCCCAUCCUUCUCCUCUUGCCCAUCCUCUUCCUCCUCCUCCUCCACCAGCAGGACCAUCCCAGCGGGAGGAGCUGCCCCGAGCGGGUCCGUAGGGAAGCGGCCCUCCAGGCCCGAAGCCGCCCUUCCGAAGCCCGUCGUGUCCUUCCGCCCUCUUGCCCGCCCGGGACUAAUCAUGGAUAAAAGCGAACUGGUGCAGAAAGCAAAACUGGCCGAGCAGGCCGAACGCUACGACGACAUGGCGGCUGCCAUGAAAGCGGUCACCGAACAGGGACACGAACUCUCCAACGAAGAGAGAAAUCUGCUCUCGGUGGCCUACAAGAACGUGGUGGGGGCCCGCCGCUCUUCUUGGCGGGUCAUCUCCAGCAUCGAGCAGAAAACGGAGCGGAAUGAGAAGAAGCAGCAGAUGGGCAAAGAGUAUCGUGAGAAGAUUGAGGCGGAACUGCAGGAUAUCUGCAAUGAUGUUCUGGAACUUUUGGAUAAAUACCUUAUUCUCAACGCCACCCAACCGGAAAGUAAGGUGUUCUACUUGAAAAUGAAAGGGGAUUACUUCAGAUACCUUUCCGAGGUGGCUUCUGGAGACAAUAAACAAACUACAGUAUCAAACUCUCAGCAAGCUUAUCAGGAAGCAUUUGAAAUCAGCAAGAAAGAAAUGCAACCUACGCAUCCCAUCCGGCUUGGUCUGGCUCUCAAUUUCUCCGUCUUCUACUACGAGAUACUAAAUUCACCCGAGAAGGCCUGCAGCCUGGCCAAAACGGCAUUUGACGAAGCAAUAGCCGAAUUGGAUACACUGAACGAAGAGUCUUACAAGGACAGCACUCUGAUCAUGCAGUUACUUAGGGACAAUCUCACCCUAUGGACGUCGGAAAACCAGGGAGACGAAGGGGAUGCUGGAGAGGGAGAGAACUAAUGGCUGUCACGCUUCACUAGCUGUUCAACGUCACUCUGUAUCCUACACAUCUAUCCCUUUGUGCGACCAACAGAAAGAAUCGUACGUCGACUUUUCACAACCUCAGUAUAGCAGGAACCGUCCGCCGCAGACCGACCGGCUGGUGUUUGUACCUAAAAAGUGGUUAAGCAGAUGCGGCGGCAUUCUGAAGUUUGAUUCUUAGUAACAUUAACAGUUGCGAUGACCGUGUGUUGAUUGAUUUUUUUUUUUUAAUUUUAUUAUUUUUUUUUUAACUGAACACUGUGAUUAUGGGGUUUUGUAACUUAGCAGAAUCCUUAACUGGUAGAAAAAGUAGGCCUGAACUAUGUGUAAACUUUUUUGAAAAUUUAAUCUGAUCUCAAAUUAGUCGAAGUACAAUUCUGUUGUAAAGUUGUACAGAAAGUUAUAGAGAUUAUAUUGUGACACUGGGACAGGAAACAAAACAACCCAUCACAUGGCAUUCCAGUUGAAUGGCAACUCCAUGCAAAUCUGCCUGCUUUUCGGUCCAGCUGGGGGCUCCUUUCCAGACUGUUUUGCUCCUGGCCAAAAUUGGGAAAGGUAAGUGUCACGGAAGAUAGCCUUAAAUCCACAUUCUUUGGGUUAGAUAAUUGGGUUUUGAUUGAAGGGGGAGAGGUGAAUAAAAGGUCCAGCGCUCUGUCAAAACAAGUGACUGACUAAGCUCCCUGCCCUCGGCAGUGUUACCUAUUAGAUGCACGUUUUAUGAAUGGCCUUAUCUGUUUGCCGGAUGUUACCUUUAGAAAUAACGUAUUGCAAAGAUUGCAUUCCACUUCAGGAAAAUUAAAAACCCCUGUAGGACAUUUCCAGUUUGGGACUUGGAAAAUGCAUUCUCUAAGCUUCCUUUUCCCAUUUUUGACCGUUAGCCCUUAGACUCUUCUCCUCGAACGUAUUUCCUUCAGCCUCCUCACAUCUCUUUUUCUUUGAAUUCUAGCCUCUUGUAGAUUUUCGUUCCACUUCUGUGAAUAUGUGGGCAGGGUUAGAGGGGGCCGGGUGGUGGGAGGCGGGAGGGUAGUCGGUGAGUACACCAGUGGACAGUUGUGUCAUUCAGCUAAAUCCGUGAGAGGUACCGGGCCACCGUAUAAUCUUCCUCCGUUCCUAACACGUCCGCCACACGUCCUCAGUAUCAGAAUCUGGCUUAACUAUCGAAGAAUUCCCUUGACUUCCUUCUGGAAUGCAGCCCUAUCACACUCGUUAGUGACGUACACCAAAAUCUCAAGCGAAGGUCUCAACAUCUCCAAGCAAGACCCUGUGAUCUAGAAAGUUGCAUGAAUAAUGCAGUGGAAAGGAUUAGGCAGAGUCAAACCUAUCAGUCUCACAGUAUCAUCCCUCUACCUUAACAUUCCACGUAGCUGUAGAUUCCAUCUGUUUGUCCAUCUGUAAGCUGAAGAGAAAAAGAUUCAUGCACUGAUUUAAAAAAACAAAAACAAACCCUCCCUUAUAGCUGAACAAAAUGUGCAGUUAAUACUUGGCGCUUGAUAAAUGCAGUAGUGAAUGUGGAACCGAGCCUGUCUGUAUAUCUGGUAGCUCUUUUUUGCCUCGUUUUUACUGACCAGUAUUCUGCCGAACGUUUGCUUCUGUGACGGUUAUAUUGCCUAGCACACACGUGGUUGUGAAAAUAGUAUAGCAAAAAGAAAAUCCCUGGUUAUUGUGUACUAGAUUUGUGUAUGUCCUCUCAACAGUUCUAGUUUCACCUUACACAAGGAUAAUCAGGAAAGUGUACAAGAGUUCAAAAGUGAAAUAAAAAAUUUUAUCAGUUAAUGGCCUAUGAA